AGCUCUCACUUUUCCCAUCAUGGAAAUCACUACAGAACCCCAAGUGUUCAUGGAGGGUCUGGAGGAAAAGGAAUUUCUAUUUCCAAACACACAUCCAUAGGUCAUGGCUGUGGCUUUGGAAGUGUGCACAGUCACAGCAGUCAGUUUAGCAGCUUUGGUGGACACAGUGGUUGGAAGCGUGAAGGCCUAUUCAAUGUCAAUGAGAAGGAAACCAUGCAACAUCUGAAUGACCGGUUGGCUUCCUAUCUAGAGAAGGUUCGAUCCCUAGAACAGGAAAAUGCCCAACUGGAGAGGAACAUCCGAGAGUGGUAUGACAGAAACCAGCCCAGUACUUUGCCUGAUUUCAGCUGUUACUUCAGGACCAUUCAGGAACUUCAAGGCCAGAUAUCUUCUGCCACUUUAGAAAAUACAAGGAUUGUUCUGCAGAUAGACAAUGCCAGGCUGGCAGCAGAUGACUUCAAAAACAAGUAUGAGAUGGAGUCCCAGCUUAGAAACAAUGCAGAGUCUGACGUGAAUGGCCUGCAUCGGGUCUUGGAAGAGCUGAACAGGGAGAGGUGUGACCUGGAGAUGCAAGUCCUGAACCUCCAGGAGGAACUUUUGCAGAUGAAGAAGAACCAUGAGGAGGAAGUGAGCUCUCUGCGUGCUCAGUUGGGAGCCAGAGUAAAUGUGGAAAUGAAUGCUGCUCCAUCAGUAGAUCUCAAUGGAGCUUUGGCAGAGAUCCGAGAACAAUAUGAAAACCUAAUGGAGAGGAACAUGAGGGAUGUUGAGAACAUGUUCCUUCAAAGGAGUGAAGAGUUGAACCGCCAGGUUACAUCUGGCUCUGAACAACUCCAGUCUGUCCAAACUGAGGUCAUUGAACUUAGACGUAAUGUCCAGACCCUAGAGAUUGAGCUGCAAAGCCAACUGAGCCUGAAAUCAGCACUGGAGGGCACUUUGGCUGAGACAGAAGAAUCGUUUGGUUCCCAGCUUGCUCAAUUACAAAGUCUGAUCAACAAUAUAGAGUCUGAGUUGACGAGGAUACGUGGCGACUUAGAACGUCAGAACCAUGAGUACAAGAUACUAAUGGACCAGAAGACACAUCUGGAGAUGGAGAUCGCUACAUACAAGCGUUUACUUGAGGGUCAUGAUAUCCAUAGCAACAGCAGUGAAGACAAUUAA